AUGUUAGCCAACCAGCCACACAACAUGGACCACGAGGGAACAAAUGGUUUUUUCAUCAAAUUCCUUGUCUUCACUCUAAUGGUAAGCAGCUGCCAUGGUGGCAGGAUUUUGGUGCUUCCUGAGGAUGGUAGCCACUGGACCAACAUGGAGGUGAUCCUCAAAGAGCUUCUGUCCAGAGGUCAGAGUCUCACUGUGCUGCGCUCUGCAAAGAGCUGGUACAUCCCUGGGAACUCCCCUCUCUACACUUCAGUCACAGUCACCCCUCCAGAUGCUCCUGGUGGGGACAUUGGCCCUGACUUCUGCUCUGUCCUCAUGCGGUGCUCACUGGAGCUUCAUGGGAUGUCUCCCCUUCGGCGUUUCUUUGAGCAGCAGAAUGACAUUGCAGUUGUGUUGCGGAUUUUCCACGGUGCAGCUCUCUGAAUGAUCUCCACCAUCUUGCAAGACUCCUCCCUAGUGACUAGGCUAAAGAAGUCCAGCUUUGACCUCGUGUUGACUGACCCUACCUUUCCUGUGAGGGUCUUACUAGCCCAAUACCUCAGGCUGCCAAUGAUGUAUAAUGUCCGCUGGAUCAACGCUGGAGAGGCUCAUGUGAUAGUGGUUCCAUCACCACCAUCCUACGUUCCCUUUCUCAACUCUCUGUUCAGAGGCAAGAUGGAUCUCCUGCAGAGGACAGAGAACUUCCUGCAUUAUGCAGCCAGCCUCUUGCAGGAAAAAUUCAUCAUCCUGCCUCUCUACAGCGACUUCCUUCAGCACCACUUCCCCCGUGGAGCUGACUUGCUCUCUAUGCAGCUCUCAGCUGAUGUCUGGCUCAUGAGGAUGGAUUUUGUCUUUGAGUUCCCACGGCCCACAAUGCCCAAUGUGGUCUAUAUAGGGGGGUUUCAGUGCAGUGAGGCCCAGCCCCUUUCUGCUGAGUUGGAGGCCUUUAUACAGAGCUCUGGGGAGCAUGGGGUGGUGGUGAUGUCUCUGGGGACAUUUGUGUCAGCUCUGCCCAUAGAUAUGAUGGAGGCCAUCGCCGCUGUGUCCGCUCAGCUCCCCCAGAAGGUGGUGUGGAGGUACCAAGACCAGAAGCCGGCAUCCUGGCUACCCCAGAAUGACUUCCUGGGACAUCCCAAGACACGUGCCUUUGUGGCCCAUGGGGGCACCAGCGGCCUAUAUGAGGCCAUCUAUCAUGGAGUCCCUGUUGUGGGCCUGCCCCUCCUCUUUGACCAGUUUGACAACCUAUUAAGGUUGAAGGUGCGUGGGGCAGCAAGGGUGGUAGAGGCUGCCUCACUCACCACAGAAAAUUUCCUGGAGGCCCUAAUACAUGUCCUGGAGACUCCCUACUACCGCCACAACAUGCAGCGUCUCUCCCAGCUGCACUGUGACCGGCCACAAUGCCCAAUGGACACUGCCAUCUUUUGGAUUGACUAUGUCAUCAGGAAUAAAGGAGCAGUCCACCUGCAUUCAGCAGCUUUUAGCCUGCCCUGGUACUCCUACUACAGUUUUGAUGUAGCUUUAAUCCUCAUCACCCUCAGCGGAGUCACUAUUUGGGUACUAGUCUUUGUGUUUGGCCUUCUCUGUUGCCAGAGAUCAAGGCAUAAAAGGAAAGCGGAAUGA